AAGAAGCGAAGCGAUGAUGAUGAUGAGAGGACUGGUAACACUCUCAAGAGUAAAGCUCGAGCUUGUGAGAUCAAUGUCUGCAACAUCCGUACCAUCAAUGGCGGACUUUCUCACUAAAAAACCUUACUCUCCUCCUUCCUGGGCUUCUCAUCUUCUUCCGAUUCCUUCCCACACCUUCUCCCUCGCUCACCUUCCUACUCCGAUCCAUCGAUGGAAUCUUCCUGGUCUUCCUCAUGGCACUGAACUCUGGAUCAAGCGAGAUGAUUACACCGGCAUGGAAUUGAGUGGAAACAAAGUCCGAAAACUCGAGUUUUUAAUGGCUGAAGCUGUUAAUCAACUCGCCGAUACUGUAAUCACCAUCGGUGGUAUUCAGAGCAAUCAUUGCCGUGCUACAGCCACCGCAUCUAACUAUCUUAAUCUCAAUUCUCAUCUUAUUCUCCGUACUUCCAAGCUUCUUGCUGAUGAUGAUCCUGGAUUGGUUGGGAAUUUACUGGUCGAGCGUCUCGUUGGAGCUAAUGUUCAUCUCAUCUCUAAGGAAGAGUAUUCCUCCAUUGGGAGUGAGGCUCUUACUAAUGCUCUUAAAGAGAAACUGGAAAAGGAAGGCAAAAAACCGUAUGUUAUUCCGGUUGGUGGAUCUAACUCUUUGGGAACUUGGGGUUAUAUCGAAGCAGCAAGGGAAAUUGAGGAGCAGCUGAAAAGCAGAUCUGAGGGCCUGAAGUUUGAUGAUAUUGUGGUAGCAUGUGGCAGUGGUGGUACAAUUGCUGGUAUUUCAUUGGGGUCUUGGUUGGGAGCUCUAAAGGCCAAGGUUCAUGCUUUCUCGGUUUGCGAUGAUCCUGAUUACUUCUAUGACUUUGUCCAAGGCCUUCUUGAUGGACUUCAGGCUGGUGUUAAUUCUCGUGAUAUUGUUAGCAUCCACAAUGCCAAAGGAAAAGGAUAUGCCAUGAACACGUCAGAGGAGCUCAAGUUUUUAAAGGAAGUAGCAAGUUCAACUGGUGUUAUUCUUGAUCCUGUUUACAGUGGGAAAGCUGUGUAUGGUAUGAUAAAUGAGAUGACCAAGGAUCCCAAAAAUUGGGAGGGAAGGAAGAUAUUGUUCAUACACACCGGUGGGCUUCUCGGGUUGUAUGAUAAGGUUGAUCAAAUGGCUUCUCUGAUGGGUAAUUGGUGCCGGAUGGAUGUUUCAGAAUCCGUACCAAGGAAAGACGGUGUUGGAAAAAUGUUCUAACAAAACAAAAUCUGAUAUGUAAUAAUCCUAUGAAGAUGAUACAACAGAUUGAACAAAUUUGUGCAUUUCGCAGUGAAUAUAAACUCAUUUCUGUAUUCUGUUAUGAUGUAGUAUGUUUGAUGGCUUGGAGGAUUACGAAAAAAUAAAUUUGGUGUGGUCUCUUUCUAUA